AAAUCGUUAAAAUAGUAAAGAAUAAGGUGAAGAAAUGGGAGAUAAAGGGAAUAUAUGUUCAGCUUGCCUCAGUACGGAUCGUCGUUUAAUUCCUUUGGAUAAGAUAACGGCAAUAAUAGAGGAAAUUUCAUUACUGGAGCUGAAGAAUUCUAUCAGUAAUGUGUGUUGGGAAUGCUGGAGUGUCCUGAACAAGUACUACAAGUUUAAGAAGAAAGUUCAAGCUGCACAGACUAUUUUAAAAUGGGCAAAUAAGCAAACGAAAAUCAAAACUUUAUCAACACUAUCAGUUGCCACUAAUCUCAACUACAAUUAUGAAUACAUAUACAAUAAUGAUCCUCUAAUAAACAACCCAGAUAUACACACAACAUUCGUAAAAGCAGAAUUAAAUUACCAAUGCGAACAUAAUACAGAAACAUUAGCUUCAAACGAGAAUCUUCAAAGCAAAAUUAAAAAUAAUGAUGAAUUCGACAAAAAGAACAGUAAUUUUGAACCAACCAUAAACAACGACAUAGAUUAUAAAGAAAGUAUACCAACAGAAAAAAUAUAUACAGACACAAUAGAAAUGAAACCAGAUAAAAAAAUGUUAAGAAAAGCUAAUAAAAAAUACAAAAAUCAAUUUAAAAAGUUGAUAGCUUUAGAAGAUGAUGAAAAAGAGUUUAAAAAGAAGUUUAUAGAAGUGGUUAUGAGCGAAGAGGAGAUGAUGAGAUUGAGGGAGUCGAAGAGGAAUCAUCAUAAUUUCAAGAAGAUACCAUUUAAGUGUGAUACUUGUGUUCUAGGUUUCGCAAGAGAAGAAAAUUAUAGUUUGCAUAUGCAGAAGAAACAUGCAGAGAGUAUAGGACCCUACCAAUGCGAAGUAUGCAGCGUCCGAUUUCCAACAAAAUUAGCUACGGAAAAACACAGACGUAAGCACUACGUCUGCUAUAGAUGUCGCUGUUGUCGAUAUAAGGCGCAUGAGCUCUGGUCAGCGCUAAACCAUUGUAAGAUGAAACAUUUGACUGAUGAGCCGGACAGAAUACAUUGUUCACAGUGCGAUGUUGUUGUUAAAACUCCAGAAGAAUUAGAAAAUCACUUACAAAAGGAACAUUCUCUUCAUUGUAAUGAAUGUGGAGUCAAGUUCAAAGCGACCAACACUUUGAGGAGACAUAUAGCACGUAUACAUUCAGUACUUCGAGACUUCAUUUGCGAUAUAUGUUCGAAGACUUUUAAAACGAAGACUCGUCUAGAAUCGCAUAUAGUGAAACAUAACGGUAACAUAGCGAAGAAGCUGGCUUAUUGUAAUAUAUGUAAUGUGCAGUAUAAGAACAUAUAUGUUUAUAGAAAUCAUUUGAAGUCCAGUGCUAACCAUACGGAGAAAGUCUAUUCUUGUCCGGAAUGCAGUAAAAAAUUCGCGUCAAAAGUAUAUUGGACGAAUCAUUAUAAUUUUUAUCAUCUACGGAAAUCGCAAUAUAAAUGUGAUAGUUGUGAUAAGGUAUUCAUAUCAGAUUGGAGAUUGAAGAACCACAAGCAAAUUCAUCAUGGACUAUCUCGAACCAGGGACCACGCUUGCGAUUUAUGUACUAAGAAGUUUUAUACGUUGGCCACUCUCCGUUCCCAUCGGCUGACUCACUCGGAGCACAGGUCGUAUAUGUGCGAAGAUUGUGGACACACGUUCAAACAACGAGCUGCGUUAUACACACAUAAUCGGUUACUUCAUCGACAGACUUAGGAUACCUCC